AUGGUGUUGGCUAAAUCCAAAAAUGCCGUUGGACUGGGCAACAGUCUCAUGAACGACCGUUUUGGCAAGGGUAAAGCCGCCAAGGAAAAGAAGGCUUCGCACAACAAUGCCAUUGCGCGCAAGAACAUGAUGGGCGAGACCUACAUCACCAAUGCCGCUACCGAGGCAUCAUGGGUCAAGAUGCGCUCUAUCACCGAGCAGGCUGCCCUCGACGAGUUCCUCAGCACAGCCGAGCUCGCCGGAACCGACUUCACCGCCGAGAAGGUCAACAACGUCAAGAUUAUUCACGCCGACCAGAAAAACCCAUACCUCCUGUCGGCCUCUGAGGAGCGAAACGCCCAAAAGAAGCAACAAAAGAACAAGGGUCGCUUGACCGUUCCGCGUCGUCCCAAGUGGGAUUCCACAACUACACCGCAGCAGCUGGAGAUGAUGGAGCGCGAGAGUCUGUUGGACUGGCGACGUGGACUGGCGGAACUGCAGGAGUACAAUGAUCUGUUGAUGACUCCAUUCGAGCGCAACUUGGAGGUCUGGCGUCAGCUGUGGCGUGUUAUUGAGCGUUCGCACCUUGUGGUUCAGAUCGUCGACGCCCGAAACCCGCUUCAAUUCCGCUCGGAGGACUUGGAGAACUAUGUCAAGGAGAUCGAUUCUUCCAAGAAGAACCUGCUACUGGUCAACAAGGCCGAUAUGUUGACCCUCAAGCAAAGAGAGGCUUGGGCUGAGUACUUUGAGAAGAACAACAUCAACUUCCGUUUCUUCUCGGCUCAUCUUGCUAAGGAGAAGAUUGAGGCUGAGCUGCUUAAGGAGGAGCAGGGUCAGUCGAGCAGUGAUGAGGAUGAACUCGCUGAAUCAACCAAGAAUCUUGAUGUGGAAGACAAUGAAUCCGAGGUGGAAGAUAAUGCUGAGAACCAAAAAGAUGAGGCUCUUGCUAAACUCGCUGAUCCUGAUCAGUCGCUUGGCCCGCACAUUCUGGACGUUGAGGAGCUAGAAGCACUUUUCUUGGCCAACUCACCUGAAAGGGACCCGAAUGCCGAAGAAGGUACUAAGUACAAGACUACCAUUGGUUUGGUUGGUUACCCCAACGUUGGUAAAUCCAGCACAAUCAACGCCCUUCUGGGUGCCAAGAAGGUGUCUGUGUCUGCCACUCCCGGUAAGACGAAGCACUUCCAGACCCUAUAUCUUUCUCCAGAGAUCAUGCUCUGCGAUUGUCCCGGUCUUGUGUUCCCCAACUUCGCCAGUACCAAGGCAGACUUGGUCGUGAACGGUGUGUUGCCUAUCGACCAGCAGCGUGAGUUCACUGGCCCUGCCGGCAUCGUCGCCCACCGUAUCCCCAAGCAUUUCUUGGAGAACAUCUACGGUGUGAAGAUUCUCACUCGCCCUAUCGAGGAGGGCGGCACUGGAAUCCCUACUGCCAGCGAGCUUCUGCGUGCCUACGCCCGCGCUCGUGGUUUCUCCACUCAGGGUCUGGGUCAGCCCGAUGAGUCGCGUGCUGCUCGUUACGUGCUCAAAGACUACGUAAACGGAAAGAUUCUCUUCGUCCACCCACCCCCAGUAGCCGAGGGCGAGGAACCCAUCGAUCCAAACGAGUUCAACAAAGACCUAUAUGAUCUCGCCCAUCUCCCCGAGCGACGCCAAGCCGUUCUCGCCGCGAGAAACGGCCCCGAUUACGAUGACCUGGACUCCGAUAUUGCCUCUUUCGCCAAGGGCGACAACGACGCACCCGGUCCCCGCUCUCGCAACCUCGACAGCGGUUUCUUCGGAACCGCCACUGGCCCUUCGGCCGGUCGCAUGACUCUGCCAUUCAACGCCAAGAACACCGCUCAAGGGCAGGAGAUGCGUCAAAAUCUUACAGGUCGCAAGGAGCGUAUGAUGAUUGCCUUGGAACGGGGUAUUGAUGUAUCUGAAGUGCGGGGCGGAAACGGCAAGAAGCACUUCAAGGGUAACAAGAAGCGGGCUAAGGCUAAGCGCAACAACCCUGUUGAUGAUGACCAUUACUAA